CUCCCCAUUCUCCGCAUCACAAUCGAUAGGUAGCUAACUACUCCAUCUAGCUAAGACCCGUAGUGUAUAGUAGUCAAGAUCAAUGGCGUCCCGACGCCUUGCCCCGCUGCUGGUCCUACUGCUCUCGUCCAGCCUCGCCGCCGGCCAGAGCACCGGCGACACCGUCGUGUUCUGGGGCCGGAACACGGACCAGCUCGAGGGGUCCCUCCGUGAGGCGUGCGACACCGGCCUCUACACCACCGUCAUCAUCUCCUUCCUCAGCGCCUUCGGCUACAUCCCGGGCACCUACAAGCUGGACAUCUCCGGCCACACCGUCUCCGCCGUCGGCCCCGACAUCAAGCACUGCCAGUCCAGGGGCAUCCUCGUCCUCCUCGCCAUCGGCGGCCAGGGCGGCGAGUACUCCCUGCCGACCUCCCAGGCGGCCGUCGACCUCGAGGACUACCUCUGGAACGCCUUCCUCGGCGGCGGCCGCCCCGGCGUCGCCCGCCCCUUCGGCGACGCCGUCGUCGACGGCAUCGACUUCUUCAUCGACCAGGGCGCCACGGAGCACUACGACGAGCUGGCGCGGCGGCUGUACGCGCACAACAAGGACUACAAGGGGAGGCUCGGGGUGAUGCUGACGGCGACGGCGAGGUGCGUGUUCCCGGACCAGCGGCUGCAGGCGGCGCUGUCCACGGGGCUCUUCUCGCGGAUCCACGUCAAGGUGUUCGGCGACGGGCGGUGCGCGUCGAGGAGGGAGGAGCUGGAGAAGUGGAUGGCGGCGUACCCGCAGAGCCGCGUCCUCGUCGGCGUCGUCGCGUCGCCGGAGGCUGACAGGGACGGCUACGUGUCGCACAAGGAUCUCUACUACGACGUGCUGCAGUUCAUCAACAAGCUGCCCAACUAUGGGGGCAUCAUGGUCUGGAACAGGUACUGGGACAAGAAGACCGGAUGGACGGCUGGUAAUGAGCCUGGUCUCCUGGAUCAGGUUCUGUGAUGGACGGCUGGUAAUUAACCAGACCUUGAUCCAUUUUCACUUUGAUCACUGAUCACUUCACUGGAUUCAUGCACGAGCUACUACUAGUACGUGCACAAAUAAAGUAAGUAAUGUCAUGUGACGUGCAUGCACAAAUAAAGAUGGAAAUGAUAUGAUAAAAGAUUGGGGUAUGUGUGUGUGUGUGUGUUGGAUAAUGUAAUGUAAUGCACAAAUAAAGUGAGGUGAUCAGGACGGGCAGGCUUACUUUCUUCUGGGUGAUAUGUUGUAUGUAUUUUGUUUUAUUGGAUUGGAAUAAAUAUAUAUAUAUAUAUAUAUAUUUCAUCGCCA